GAAAAACUCUUAAGGAAGUUUCAGUGUGGUAUUGUACAACCUCAACUACUAUGUGAAGUAUGUAACGACAUAAAUGUUAGCUUGUACAGGCAGGAAACGUUUUUUUCUCCCUUAGGUAAUGGGGUUUUUUCUUUUCUGUCUUACCCAGUUUAUCUUGCACAUCUUUUGUAUACAAAACUUUACAUUUAUGAACCUCAAUUUUAAUAUUAGUUUGUUACAUUAUAACCUGCAGUGACAAUGAUAACAAGUAUUGCCAGCAGCAGCAUUGUGGUGACAACGAUAACAAGUAAUGCCAGCAGCAGCACUUCCAGGCUCUGUGUUGGAGGAACAUGUGGUUUGGGAAUAUAUACUAGGGCAUGAAGCGUACAUUCAGUUCACUCCCCUUCCACGUAAAUUCAGUGGUUUUGCAAAGGUGUUUCUCUUUCUUUUGUCCCUGCUGCUUUUCAGAAACGCCACCAUACACAUGUAACAUGCAGUCUGAACACACGUGCGUUUGCUAACUCUCUGACUAUAUUCUGCAUCAAUGUGCAAGCAUUUGAUGUAAGUUUUACCUACGUGCUAGCAACUUGACCCAUUCCAUGUGGUCAGAGAGGGCCGUGCCUGGGUGCCUGUAAGCUGUAGGUGUGUGCACAGAUCAGCACCCUGGAGAGGGACAGGGUGCUCAGCACCUUUCCGGCUCCAGCUGGAUGUAAGCAGGGAGGGUGGUUGUCCUUUCGACUUUCUGCCUAUGUGAAUAAGAGGGCUCUUCGUUAACCAUAAAGAUUUUCUUGGAUUGAAGGCAACCAGUCUACUUGAUCUUUCUAUGUCAGAGAGCCACUGUGUGCCUAGAGGGCAACCAAGACACCUUCAGUCUAGAAGGAGCAGCACUGUGGUCACUCUAAAUGCCUACUCUUUAUCCCUCACUCAUGCUGGCUUUGCUUCCACAGUGAGCUCUGGGUGUGUUGUGAAUGCUGCCCAAGCAAAAUGGAGUGGCAUCUGCUGUCUGUGGAUCUUGACAUGCUAAAGAAGUCAGAGACCUAGACUGUUUACCCACCACUUUAUCAUCAUUUGUCUUUUCCCUUUGUCCCUCAAAUUACCUCCCUUGUUCUGUGCCUAUAUGACAACAGUGCAGAUAGUCUCUGAAUGGACAAAUGGAAUGUUAUUACAUGGAGAGUCUACCUUUUUUAGCAACUAUAGUCUUGGUUAGAUUUAUGUGGGCUGUCACGGUCUGUUUGGAUUUCUCAAAUUUACAGGACUAUGUACUCUGUAAAUUAAACUUUAUUUUAUGAGCUCAUUAGGAAAGAAAACAAACACAACAAACAAGGGCUCAGUUCACUUUGUACCGACUAGUCUAACAUGGGAAUUCACUAAAUUCAUCACUUAAGGCAUGAGAUUUCUAACUCGCAAGUUCUCUAAUUCGCAGCUCCUAACUUGUAACUCCUAACUUGUACAUCUAUGAGCAAAAUAGUGAGGUAGCCAAUGGUGGGAGUGCUCAUGCUUCCUCUUCCAUCAUGAUGCAGGUGUACCCUGUAUCACACUGGGAAGCAUGAAAGCCUCAGCAGUCCAGCUGCUGCUGAAUCUGUUUUAAAAACUUUAUGGAUAAGCUGAUGUAUUUGUACCUUCCAGCUUGCAAGUUGGGUCUAUACCAUUUCCAUGAGUUAGCAGAUUCUGAAGACAAUCAAUAUGCAAGGAUUAUGGCUGCAGAAGACAGCAAGCUGCAGCUGUUUUUGCAGGAGUCCUACAUUGGUGUCACAUAACAACUCUUUUUGAAAAUGACCGUCAUUUUUCUCACCUGUCAACGCUAGAAAGAGAAAUGGCUUUUCGCACAGAAAUGGGUCUUUAUUAUUCCUACUUCAAGAUCAUUAUUGAGGCACCAUCGUUUUGGAAUGGAGUAUGGGCAAUUAUGAAUGACAGACUAACUGAAUAUCCUUUAGUGAUUAACACCUUACAAAGGUUCAAUCUUUACCCAGAGGUGGUCCUCGCCAGCUGGUACCGCAUGUAUACUGCCACUAUGGAUUUCCUUGGUGUACCGACAAAGACGUGUUGGACUGUAAACAGAGGAAAAGGUCUUAGUCCUGUUGAGAGCUGCGAGGGUUUGGGAGACCCUGCUUCCUUUUAUGUUGCUGUGAUUUUUCUUUUGAAUGGAUUAAUGAUGACACUGUUCUUCAUAUAUGGUACAUACCUCAGUGGGAGCCGUCUAGGAGGCCUUGUUACCGUGAUGUGUUUCUUUUUCAACCAUGGAGAGUGCACGCGUGUCAUGUGGACUCCACCUCUUCGUGAAAGUUUCUCAUACCCAUUCCUUGUGCUUCAGAUGUUGCUUUUGACCUAUAUUCUCAGGAUUCCGAAUAUUAAUACAGGAAGCUUGAUUGCACUGUGUGUUUCUAAUAUCUUUUUCAUGCUUCCCUGGCAGUUUGCUCAGUUUGUUCUUCUAACGCAGAUAGCUUCAUUAUUUGCUGUGUGUAUUAUGGGUUAUAUUGACUCCUGCAAAUUACAGAAGAUACUCACUGCUCAUAUGGUAUCUCUUGUAGUGUGUUUUAUUCUGAUGUUUGGUAAUUCAAUGUUAUUGACAUCAUAUUAUGCUGCAUCUUUAGUAGUUAUCUGGGGAAUUCUUGAAUUGAGUCCAAAAGUCUUGAAAAGCAUCAGAAGAGAAGUCUAUCUAUGGGUCAUUGAAGGAUGUGCCUGGUUAUUUGGGACAGUCACCUUGAAAUACCUAACUUCUUUAGUGUUUGGAAUAGCUGAUGAUGCUCAUAUAGGAAAUAUAUUAAAAUCUAAAUUUAUUGGCUACAAGGAUUUUGAUACAUUAAUGUAUACCUGUGCUGCAGAGUUUGACUUCAUGGAAAAAGAGACUCCAGUAAGAUACACAAAGACUCUGCUAUUACCAGUUGUUCUGGUGGUUUUUGGGGUAAUCAUCAAAAGGGCAAUUAAAUAUCUUAUAUGGGCCUUAUCUCAGGCAGGCCAAUAUGAAAGAGAGGAACGUUUUAACCAUGGUGAGCUGGUAUACCAUGCGUUGCAGCUGUUGGCAUACAGUGUCCUAGCGAUUUUAAUUAUGAGACUAAAACUGUUUUUGACACCACAUCUAUGUGUUAUGGCUUCCUUGGUGUGUUCAAAACAGUUGUUUGGAUGGCUCUUCUGUAAAAUCCAGCCCAAAACAUUGGUGUUUGCUAUUUUAGCAUUGAUGGCAAUAGAGGGAUCAGCAAACCUUCAAACUCAGUGGAACAUCAUGGGAGAAUUUAGCAAUUUGCCACAGGAGGAACUUUUAGAGUGGAUAAAAGUCAAUACCAGACAAGAUGCAGUUUUUGCAGGAGCAAUGCCUACAAUGGCAAGUGUUAAAUUGUCUACGCUUCGUCCUAUUGUAAAUCAUCCUCACUAUGAAGAUGCAGGAUUAAGGGCCAGAACUAAAGUAGUGUAUUCCAUGUACAGUCGAAAACCUGCAAAAGAAGUAAAAAGAGAAUUGAUAAAACUAGGAGUGAAUUACUACAUUCUGGAAGAGUCAUUGUGUGUAAGCAGAAAAAAGCCUGGUUGCAGUAUGCCUGAAAUUUGGGAUGUUGAAGAUCCCGCUAAUAGCGGCAAAAUUCCUUUAUGUACCCUUAUGAGCAAGGAUUCCAGGCCAUAUUUCAUCACAGUAUUUGAAAAUAGCAAUUACAGAGUCUUGAAGAUUCCAAAGGAAUAACAUUUCAAUGCAAAGAACCAUCAGUCUUUCAACUUUUUAAACUAAUAACCAUAAGAAUUCUAAAUCAGAAAUACAUUUUCUACUAGACUUAAAAUGGAAAUGUGUAUUUUAUUUUUUACCAUUUUAAGUGAAUUCUGAUUAUAGAAAUAUCUUAAACCUAACAGUUUGGAUUUCUAUUUCAGGGUCAGUCCCUUGAGAUUUGCUAUGCAAAUGAUUAUAUGUUUGCACAUUUUAUUUAACACUGAUCCAAAAAGAGUUAAAAGUAGCUAUGGAAAGUAACUCCAUUCUCAGAACCAAUGAUGAUGUGAAAUGGGACUGUCAGAAUGUCUUAGCAAAGCAAGUUUGUUUAAAGCUUUGGUGCUAGCAGCUAGGAACAAAGGAAUGGUGCUAUAGCAUCUGGCAUCACGUUUCUCAUGUCACUUUCAUUACCCACCUCCUUUCUGGACAAGAUGAUAAUAGAAAUUCUCUUAAAAGUCACGUAGUUUCACUAGUCAUGUCUGAGAGAAAUAAUUUUUUUCUUUGAGAGGAUUAAGAGCAUUCGUCAUUUUGGAUCACUUAACACAUACUUUUAAGCUUGCUUUUGAAAUGGAAAAGUGUGUAGACAGACUUGAAACUUCAUUAUUUAGGUGCAUGUUCUUGGAAUCUUACUGAUAUUAAAAAAGAAGACUAAUAAGGGUAAUAUUUGCAGUGAGCAAUAGUUUAGCUUCUCAGUGUCCAAGGAUUUUUAGCAUUCUUAUGCAUUCAGUAUGAGCUGGCAUAAUAUACAUUAAAUUUUUAAGGGGAAAUGCUUUAUUCAGGAAAAAUCUGUCAUAGCCUUAGAAAGAUACUAAAACAAAUCCUUCACUGCCUUAACUAGACCUUCAGCGCCUAACUUGAUAAGAAAUUCCUUUCAAAAUUUAUGCCCUAUUUUCUUUCCCCAUGUAUUAGAUCCUGCCUGGAUUUUAUCAUCAGCAUUAAACAAAAAUGAAAUUUAACCCAAUUGUGAUAUGGCUAUAGUCAGUUGUGUGGAUAUAAUUGCUCCAACAAUAUUAGACUGGUUCUGCAAUUUUUUUCUGUCAUCUUGAUGUCACACCAAUAUUACAGGUAAUAAAGAAUUUAGAGAAUUCGCUUUCCGAGAUACCCAGUGCAAGGCGACCCUUUGGUCAUUUAACUGACUUGAUAGAAUUAUUGUAUGUCUAUUGCCAUUGGGAAGCAUCACAAUGUGAUUCUACAGCAUAAGACUUCUGAAGUCUGAUGUUUCUCUGUGUAUCAUUCAUGUUUUGUUUUUGUUUAGGGUUGGUUGUUGGGUUUGGGGUUUUUUUGGUUUCGUUGUUUUGUUUGUUUUUUUUUUUUGGGGGGGGGGGGGAAUAUAGUUGUUCAGGCAUCAGUCUAUUGAUAUGACUGGUCUUUUUAGCCCUAAUAGCAUCUAGCAAUAUUAGAUGCUAUAGGAAUAGCAUCCAUCACGCCUAUAACAGUAUCAAUUAAAUGGGAACCUAUGAUAAAGUAGUAGUGUAACAACUGGUCAGUAUUCUAAGACUUCUUAUUUUUUUAAAAUCUGUUUUAUUGAGAGGGUGAGGGAGAAUGGCUGAAAAUGCAUUAGCUUUUUAACUUUUACAGAAUAGAUUUUGGAAAAAUUUCUAUAAGGAAACUAUCACAAAAAGGGCUUUUGGGAAGUCACUUUUUAAAAUGUUAAUUGAAUUCAAGGAAGCAGGAAAAAAAUCUUUAUAUAAACAUUGUGACUAGUGUUACAGCACAAAAAGGUACUGUAUUUUUAUGAAGUUUAUGCCAACUGUUGACAUGUACUUAUGUGGUUAAAUAAAAAAGAAAAAA